GGUUCCCCGUGCUUCUGACUGACUUCAGCUGGCGAGCACAGAAGGGCACGUUGUUGCCGCUGCGGCCACCUGGGUCUGUCCUUGGCUUCAGCUUGUAACUCAGAAACCCUGCCUCCCGCCUCCCAGAGACUCUUCGCAGCUCUUAACCGGGCGCAGGCCUCUGGCUCUCGCUGGGGGUUCCGCAAGAGGAACAAGGGGGUCUGUGAGUGUUUGUAUGUUUUUCUAGUCCCUUCACACUUAUGAAAAGUGUGUCUAUGUGAGAGUGUGGGGCAUGUGUGGUGGGAGUGUUUCCAAGAGAGGACGUGAGAGGAGGGGAGCUUGAGCAAGAGCUUCUGUGGCCCCAGCUUCGGCGUCCCUCAGAGGGCGGCCUCUCUACGCAGGCUGAUCUCUCUGGUGCACAGCCCUGAGAUGAAGUCCCUCUGGAAUAUCCUUUUGGCGACGACUCUGUCCUUACUCCUGCCCCUUCACACAUUGGCCUCUCCAGCCUCUGACGACCAGCCCAGCACUGGACACUCCAAGGGCCACACUUGCGUAGCCUGCGUGGUGGUAGUUUCUGUGAUUGAACAACUUGCUCAAGUUCACAACUCCACGGUGGAGGCCUCCAUGGAGAGACUCUGCAGCUACCUGCCGGAAAAGCUGUUCUUGAAGACGACCUGCUAUUUAGUGAUAAGAAUGUUUGGACCGGACCUCAUAAAACUGCUUAGCGCAAAUAUUAAUGCUGAUGUGGUGUGUCAUACCCUGGAGUUUUGUAAGCAGGACCCCGGCCAACCAUUGUGUCAUCUCUAUCCGCUUCCCAAGGAGCCAUGGAAAUUUACAUUAGAGAAGGCGAGACAGAUUGUGAAGAAAUCCCCCAUUCUGAAACAUUCCAGAAGUAGUUCUGAUAUUUGUUCGCUCCCAUUUUUGGCCAAGAUCUGUCAGAGGAUUAAAUCAACGAUACAAAAUUCUGUGCCAUUCAAAGAUGUAGAUUCAGACAAACACAGCAUUUUCCCAACGCUGAGGGGCUACCACUGGCGAGGGAGAGACUGCAAUGACAGCAACAGGAUGGCAUACCCGGGCAGAAGGCCAGACAACUGGGAUAUACACGAGGAUUCAAACUGUAAUGGCAUUUGGGGUGUUGAUCCAAAAGAUGGAAUUCCAUAUGAGAAGAAGUUCUGUGAAGGUUCACAGCCCAGGGGAAUCAUUCUGCUGGGAGACUCAGCUGGGGCUCAUUUUCACAUCUCUCCCGAAUGGAUCACAGCUUCACAGAUGUCUUUGAAAUCCUUCAUCGAUUUACCAGUAGCUCUUACCAAUGAGCUCGACUGGCCCCAGCUCUCUGGUGUUACUGGGUUUCUGGACUCCAUUAGUGGAAUUAAAGAAAACUCUGUUUACCUUCGAUUACGGAAAAGAAACCACUGCAAUCACAGAGACUACCAGAAUAUUUCAAGAAAUGGUGGAUCUUCCCAAAACCUGGAGAAAUUUCUAGAGACUUUGUCUAGGAACCAACUGUUGGACCAUCCAGCCAUUGUCAUAUAUGCCAUGAUCGGAAACGAUGUCUGCAAUGGGAAAGUUGACCCCAUCCCAGAAAUGACCACUCCUGAGAAACUGUACUCCAGUAUCAUGCAGACUCUGAAGUAUCUCAAUUCCCACCUGCCAAAUGGCAGCCAUGUUAUUUUAUACGGCUUACCAGAUGGAACAUUUCUCUGGGAUAAUUUGCACAACAGAUAUUAUCCUCUCGGCCAGCUCAAUAAGGAUGUGACCUAUGCACAUUUCUACUCCUUCCUGAACUGUCUCCAGGUCAGCCCCUGCCACAGCUGGAUGUCCUCCAACAAGACGCUCCGGACUCUCACUUCAGAGAGAGCAAAACAACUCUCCGAUACACUGAAAAAAAUUGCGGCCAGCCAGAAAUUUACGAACUUCGAUCUUCUCUACGUGGAUUUUGACUUCCAAGAAGUCACGGAGGAGUGGCGGAAGCAAGGCGGGCAGCCCUGGCAGCUCAUUGAACCGGUCGAUGGAUUCCACCCCAAUGAGGUGGCUUCCCAGCUGUUGGCAGAUAGCUUCUGGAAGAAGGUGCAGCUCCAGUGGCCCCAGGUUCUGGGAAAGGAGAAUCCGUUCAACUCACAGAUCGAACAGGUGUUUGGAGACCAAGGGGGCCACUGAGUGCCUCUAGGAGACCCACUCCUGGGAAGCUCAGGGAAGCAAGAACUUGAGUGAAUUCAUUCAACAGAUGGUUAUGGGGCUGCCAUUUUGCCGGCCCAUAGGACCCUCUUUCACAGCAAUUUUGCAAAGUGCUUUUCUCUCAUUUUGGAGUCUAUCUGAAUGGCAGUGUGAUGCUGAGUGUUUUCUGUUUGUCCCUCAAAUCACCUUUAAUAAAGUGUUGUGGCUGCCAUUCCAA